AUGAGCCAUUUCCCUGGAAAUCUGUGGAAAUGGCAAUGGCCACUGGUGAAAUGUUCGUGGAACUCUAUAUCUCAUUAUUUUUUCACUUCCGUUCUAUUAACGAGUAGUUUGAUUGGUGCUAUUACUUAUCUGUACACAACUUCUAGACGAUCAUCUCGUAAUGCACUACGAACUCUUGCUAAUAGUCGUGGGCACUGCGUUCCAGCAAUGUUUAAUUUGGGCAACACAUGCUUUGCUAAUUCAUUGUUGCAGGGACUUGCCAGUUCAAAGGCUUUUUUUAAAUGGAUCCAGAGAAUUGAUACUAGUCUUGCUUAUGGAGGUCAUAAAUUAGUGUUUUUGGAUGCCUUAAAAAGAGUUGUUCAAGAGUUAAAUGACGCCACAAAGACGACAUGCUCCGCUUCGGAUGUAAUUGAUGCUUUACUGGCACACAGGUGGUCCAUACCACCAAAUACGGAACAGGAUUUAUAUGAAUUAUUUAAUGUAUUCGUUACAACGUGGGAUGAGGAGUUGGCAGAACUGAGGUAUAGUCGUGCAUCACCGUUGCAGAAAAUUAUCGAAAUCGAGCAGGAAAAUAAAAUGUCGUUGAAUUCACCGAUCAUUGAUAAGGAGAUCUUAAGAAGCAACGUCAACAUAACCCGCCGCAAUGUCGGUGAUGUGGAAGACAAGAAAAUUCAUGAUAGUAAUUAUCUUAACAAUACUAGUUUGAACUCCUCCAGUGAUUUUCAUCCUUUGCCACUUAAUUCACUAUCAUUUGAACAUGUGAAGAGCACUGUGGCAGACGAGAAGCUAUUAAAACCGCCAUGCAUGGGAUUAUUAGCUAUUCAGUUACGUUGCUGUAAAGAGGAUUGCCUUUAUAAGAAAAUCCGCGAAGAAAAAUUUUGUGUUUUGUCACUUUCGCUUCCGAAAUCACCCACACCGCUGCUAACAUUUUCGAGAUUAUUGGAAAGAUAUUUUGCCACUGAAUACAUCCAAGGAGCAUCAUGUGAUCGAUGUUUAGAAAGGAAGCAGGAUCGAUCUGGUGGCCUAAUGAGGAAACAAGGAUUUUGUAAAUUGCCGUCUUUAUUGAUAUUUCGUAUCGAGCGAGUUGGAUUUUCUCCUGAUGGAUACAUUUUCAAACGUACUGAACGUUUUUUAUUUCCUGAAUUCAUUGAUGUUCGAGAAUAUUGCUUCUUCAGUGAACAAAGCAAUCCAAAGCAAACGAAAGACUCGUUAUCAAAUUCCAGUUUUCGAGUUUUGGGAGGUUCGGCUUUAAAUGCGUCAUCUUCUAUUCCAAAAGUCGAACAACAAUGGCAGCAGGCUACACAGCUGUCUUUAGUUAGCAAUGGGACGAAUCUCAGUGAAUACGAUAGUAUGUUCAAAUACAAGUACCAGUUGCGUGCUGUUUCUGUACAUAUUGGACAAGCUCAGUCAGGUCAUUUUAUUACCUAUCGUCGAGGAAUUGGCGUUCAAAAUCGAUCUACUUGGUAUAAAACCAGUGACACAGAGGUUACGCCAGUAUCGUUCGCACAAGUGGUAUCAUCAGAAGCAUACAUGCUCUUCUAUGACAGAGCUCUUGCUACAUUAAAUUAA